ACUAUUGUAUCCGAAAUAUCCAAAUCAAUAUCCGAACCAAACGUCAAAAGAGAAAAUAUUUUUUAGUCUGUAAUGUUUCUUACGACUUUUUGAGCGCAUGAUCGCAUGUGAGUGGGAACAAUUUGAUAAAAUCGUCGAAUUGUGUUUGAGAAAUGUGAAUGAACAGUGCAUAAUUAUAAACUACUGAUAAAAAUGUAUCGAAAAAUAGUGUGGUGUUAUGUUUUAGUUUUGACUUUAUUGGAUAUAUCACUCAACACGAAAUUGACAGCCCAGGGAAAGAGCCAUGAUGUGACAGUUCAAGACUCCUUCAUCGAGGGGAUAUCAUUUCAGGAAUGGGGCAAAGAAUCCUUGGAUCAGGGCUUAGGCACGGGGGCGGCGGCGGAGGCGCUGCGGCUGGAGCCAGCAUCGUUACGCUUCGGGCGCGCGGCGCUGGGCGCGGCGCACGCGCUCACCGUCGCGCUCACCAACACCGCCAACAGCACCGUGCACCUCGCCUCCGUCGCCGGCACCACGCCCGACUUCCACGCUUCGUUCUUCGAGUCCAAGACGCUGCCGCCCAACGGCAACACGACGUUCAGCGUGGUGUACCUGGGCCGGCGCGAGGGGCCCGUGGCGGCGCACCUCUACAUACACACCUCGCUCGGGGUCUACAAGUACCCGGUGUCGGCGGAGGGCGUGGCCAGCGCGUGGGGCGUGUGGCCGCUGGUGGGGCUGCGCGUGCCGCACAACGCCACGCUCGACCCCGUGCUCACGCUCUACAACCCCACCGACAAGCCCGUGCAGGUGCGCGAGGUGUACUCGUCGGGCUCGUGGGUGGGGCUGCGGCUGCCGGGCGGCGGCGGCGCGGCGCCGCGGGAGGCGUGGCGCGUGCCGCCGCAGCAGGAGCGCGCGCUCGUGCGCCUCAAGCUGCGCCUGCCGCCGCCCGCCGUCCCGCACGCCGCGCACACCGCCCACACCGCGCAGCCGCGCCCGCUCACCGCGUACAUCAGAAUAAAGGGCGACAACGUGGGCGGCGGCGGCGGGCUGGUGGUGGCGGUGGAGGCGGCGGCGGCGCCGGCCGGCACCUUCCUGCUGCCGCCCGUGCUCAGCCUGCGCGCCUCGGGCUCGCGCGACCCGCCGCACACGGUACCUAUACGACUACUAUACAGAAUAAAGGGCGACAACGUGGGCGGCGGCGGCGGGCUGGUGGUGGCGGUGGAGGCGGCGGCGGCGCCGGCCGGCACCUUCCUGCUGCCGCCCGUGCUCAGCCUGCGCGCCUCGGGCUCGCGCGACCCGCCGCACACGGUACCUAUACGACUACUAUACAGAAUAAAGGGCGACAACGUGGGCGGCGGCGGCGGGCUGGUGGUGGCGGUGGAGGCGGCGGCGGCGCCGGCCGGCACCUUCCUGCUGCCGCCCGUGCUCAGCCUGCGCGCCUCGGGCUCGCGCGACCCGCCGCACACGGUACCUAUACGACUACUAUACAGAAUAAAGGGCGACAACGUGGGCGGCGGCGGCGGGCUGGUGGUGGCGGUGGAGGCGGCGGCGGCGCCGGCCGGCACCUUCCUGCUGCCGCCCGUGCUCAGCCUGCGCGCCUCGGGCUCGCGCGACCCGCCGCACACGGUACCUAUACGACUACUAUACAGAAUAAAGGGCGACAACGUGGGCGGCGGCGGCGGGCUGGUGGUGGCGGUGGAGGCGGCGGCGGCGCCGGCCGGCACCUUCCUGCUGCCGCCCGUGCUCAGCCUGCGCGCCUCGGGCUCGCGCGACCCGCCGCACACGGUACCUAUACGACUACUAUACAGAAUAAAGGGCGACAACGUGGGCGGCGGCGGCGGGCUGGUGGUGGCGGUGGAGGCGGCGGCGGCGCCGGCCGGCACCUUCCUGCUGCCGCCCGUGCUCAGCCUGCGCGCCUCGGGCUCGCGCGACCCGCCGCACACGGUACCUAUACGACUACUAUACAGAAUAAAGGGCGACAACGUGGGCGGCGGCGGCGGGCUGGUGGUGGCGGUGGAGGCGGCGGCGGCGCCGGCCGGCACCUUCCUGCUGCCGCCCGUGCUCAGCCUGCGCGCCUCGGGCUCGCGCGACCCGCCGCACACGGUACCUAUACGACUACUAUACAGAAUAAAGGGCGACAACGUGGGCGGCGGCGGCGGGCUGGUGGUGGCGGUGGAGGCGGCGGCGGCGCCGGCCGGCACCUUCCUGCUGCCGCCCGUGCUCAGCCUGCGCGCCUCGGGCUCGCGCGACCCGCCGCACACGUUCGACAUACUAGCGGGCAACAGCGGCAGCACGCCGGAACGAGUAGAGGCGUCACUAUGGGGCGCCCGCUGCGCGCCGCGCCCCGUGCCGCUCGUGCCGCCGCCCGACGCGCCGCCGCAGCAGCACAACGGCCAGCAACUUGAGAAGACCACUACUAAUGGUGUGAAACCAGAGGGCGCAUACUUAAGCUUACUGAGGUCACAACUCGACCCGCAUCAGGAGGCGACGGAGACUUUGCAACUUACUUUAGAUUUCGCGCGACUAUGGGCGUCAUACACGAGCGGGGGCGCGGGGGUGGGCGCCGCGCCGCCGGAGCAGGGCGCGUGGUGCGGCGGCUACGUGCGGCUGGGCGCCUCCAGCCUACCCUACAGUUUGCGCCUGCUGCCCGGCACACUGCACCUCACGCCCGCCGAGCUCGAGGUUGUGACAGCGUCGCGGGAUGAAGCGCUACGGGAACGAGAAGUACGCGUGCGCAACGAGUUCCCCGUGCCCGUGUUAAUCAGUGCCAUCGACUACGGACCGGAAAUCGAGAAACACUUUCACGUGGGGGCGCUGACGCCGCUCGUGUUGCAGCCGGGCGCGGAGGCGGUGGCGGCGCGCGUGCGGCUGCGCGCCGUGACGGGCACGUCGCUGCGCGCGGCGCUCACGCUGCGCACCAACCUCACGCGCCUCUCGCUGCCCGUGCUGCUGCACGCCGGCGCCCUGCACCUGGAAUGGGAGUGGCCGAACUCAUCGGACGGCCACCUGCGGAUGGGCGCGGUGAGCGUGUCGUCGACGCGGCGCGUGUCGCUGCGCAUCCACAACCCCGCGCCCGCCACGCUGUGCGUGCGCUCCCACGCGCUGCGCCUGCCCGCCGCACAGCUCGCGCUGCCCGCCUGCCGCUGCAUCAAGCCGGGCGAGCGCGCGCAGGCGUGGCUGACGGUGGUGGCGCCGGCGCGCGCGGGCGUGCUGACGGGCAGCGUGCACGUGAGCACGGCGCACUUCGAGUCGCGCGCGCCCGUGUCGCUGCACGCGCACCAGGGCCGCCUGCGCGCGCACGCGCUGCGCCUCGCGCCCGCCGCGCCCUACGUGUGGUCCACGGCGCCGCUGGUGUUGGAGAGUUCGAUGGCGAUGAACAUGCGCGUGGUCGACGUCACGCAGCUGCAGCCCGAUCCCGCCGUGUCCUUCAUGCCCGAGGGGCAGGGCUGGGUGACGGCGGGCACGCAGGCGGUGGGCGCGGUGGAGUACGCGCCCGAGCGCGCCUGCCGCCCGCGCUGCUACACCGGCCUCGACACCGACUCGCCUGAGGGCGCGGCGUGGUUACGGCGAGCGCAGGAAGGAGCGGGCGCGCUGCGUGAAGACGUGGAGUUGUUGCGCGCGCGUCGCGCCAUGUUCUCGCCGCGCGUCCAAAACGUCUCGCUGCUUUUACACACUACAGAGGUGGUGCAGAUACCAGUGUCAGGAUCAGUACGCGCGGAGUGGCCGCGCCUGCUGGCGGGCGCGGGCGCGGGCGCGGGCGGGCUGCUGGCGGGCGUGGGCGGCGCGGCGGCGGCGCGCCUGCGCCUGCGCAACCCGUCCACGCGCGCGCUGCUGCUGCACGCCGCGCUCACGCCGCACCACCUGCACCGCCCGCACCCGCACCAUGCCCACCACGACCCGGACCAUUUGUUACACCCUAAGGACGUGGAGGGCCUGGAAUCGUUCUGCAAGAAGCACAAGUGCGUGUGGUCGGCGGAGGCGUUCUCGAUCGGCUCGUGGCAGGCGCGCGCGGGCGCGGCGGGCGUGGCGGAGCACGCGGCCGGCAACGCCACGCGCGCGCCCGUGCUGCUGCUGCCGCCCGGCGCCGAGCUCGAGCUCACGCUCAGCUUCGCGCCCACGCGCGCCGCGCCGCUCGCCGCCUACUUGUACCUGAGAAAUAAUUUGACGAUUGUGGAGAUUAUUCCUGUGUGGGGCCGCGGCGCCUACCCCAGCCUCGAGCUCGGCGGCCGCCGGCCCGGCUCCGGCGCGCCGAUCGUCUUCGAGGUGACGGAGUGCGCGUCGCCGACGGACGUGGAGGCGGGCGUGGUGCGGCGCGCGCUGUCGCUGCACAACACCGGCGACGUGCCGCUGCAGCUGCGCGACUGGCGCCUCGCCGGACAGCCCUGCCAGGCGCGCGGUUUCCGGCUGCAGCCGUGCGCGGCCAUAUCGCUGGCGCCCAACGAGUCGCGGCCGCUGCGCCUCGCCUUCACCGCCGACUACACGCUGGCGCGCGUCGCCGCCGCGCUGCACGUGCGCGCCGACGCCGCGCGCCUCGAGUUCGCGCUGCACGCGCACGCGCCCGCCGCCCUGCUGCGCGCCUGCGGCCCGCACGCGCCGCGCCCGCCCUUCGAGCCCGGCCUGCGCGCCGCCGGCGUGCUGCUGGCGCUGGCCGCGCUCGCGCUCGUGGCCGGCGCCGGCGCCGUGGACGCCGAGCGCUCGCUGCGCCGCGCGCGCGCCCAGCGGCCCGGCCCGCCGCCCGCGCGCGCGCCGCUCGACCUGCGCGCCGUGUGCGCCCCGCCCGCCCCGCCCCGACCCCCCCCCGCCGCCGCCCGCCGCCGCCGCGCGCGCCGCCCGCCGCCGCUGGACCCGCAGGCCGAGCGCCGCGCCUUCGAGCGCUGGCGCGCCGAGGUGCUGCGCCGCGCGCCCGCCGACGACGACCGCUCCAGCGAGGACGCCGACGCCGCCGCCGCCAUGCCGCCGCCCGAGUCGGAGCAGCGGGACAGAUCAGCGUCUCCCCCGACGCCCACGGACCGGCGCUCGAGCGACGAGGAGGAGGGCCCGUCGGCGGAGUCGUCGGUGGGCUCGUCGCUGGCGUCCGACUCGUCGCGCGCCGACGAGCCCGGCCGCGACGACUCCGACGAGCCCGACCGGCCCGCCACGCCGCGCCGCCCGCCGCGCCCGCGCCGCCAGCCCAUCGACCCAGAGAACAGAGCGGAGGACGCACGGCUAGCGACCCGAGCGCGGCGCGAGGCCAGCUCGCCGCCGCGGCUGCUGGCGCCGGCCCGCGCGCGCGCGCCGCCGGGCCGCUCGCUGGCGCGGCGCGACAAGGCGGCGCGGCGCCGCGCCUCGCGCCCGCCCGCCUCCCCGCCGCGCGCCUCGCCGCCGCAGCCCGCGCCCGCGCCCCCCGCGCCCGCCGCGCCCGCCGCCGUGCGCUGGGACACCACCUGGAGCUCCGUCGUGGCCGCCGGCGCCGCCGCCGCCGCCGCCGCCGCGCCCGGGCAGCCCGCGGGAGGUCGGUCGCCCGCUGAUUUAUAUUGUUGA